GCGACUCCGAACGGACAAAGAAUACUCUUGGAGCAUACAGUCACCGCGCGGCGAGCACACUCACCACGGGGCAGUCCGCCGAACCAAAGGUGAUUUCUCGAUCGACGCGCGACGAUUCGUAUGACUGGAGUGGAAUAGGAACGAAAAAGAACGGUGUUACUAUUGUUAUGGUCAAAUAAACGGAGAAGUUUCUUCUUUGAAUGGCUCUCGUAAAAACACGUGUAUGUUCCGCUCGUGGUUCAUCGUUUCGAUCGUUUAGUGUGUUGAUAAAAGAAGGAACAACAAAGUGAUCGGGAAGUAUAUGUAUACGUACGGUGAUACGAGACGGAGAAACAGUGGGGAAAAGGAGCAAAAUUUCGUGGUAAAAGCAAAUCGAAGGGACAGGAUAGGGACACGGGUAGCAGGAAGAACGAGAACGGCAGAGACAGUGUUAAACGGUUUCCGCGACCAGAGUUCCUACGUCUUGUCGUGUCGAUAUUAUCGGUGAUUGUGGAUGAACGUUGGUUUUUGGCGCCUCUGAGAUCGAUCGCAGUGCCGACCGAUCGAAGAAAAAUUUGGAAUGUAACGCCGGUAGGGCAUUAGAACGGCAACGGUAGUGGCUGUAGUGGGUCCGCCGCGGCUACGACAGCGACAACGGCAAAGGCAACGACGGCGACAGGGCGACCGGACGGGUGGAGUGUGCAGCAAGAGGGAGAGAGCACGGAGGACCACUCUCGCUUUCGUUCGGCUCUCCCUCUUUAUCUUUCCUUCUCUCCUCUGUCCCUCUCUCCCUCCCUCUCUCUCUGCUUCUCUCCUUUCUCCCUUGCUCGCGCAGCGGCUGCUGCUGCUACUCGUCGACUAGUAGGAGAACGGAGAGAGAAAGAGAACACAAGAAAGAGAGUGAGAGAGCGCCGGAGGAAGAGAAUCGUCGCGCGGAAGACAGAGCUGGAGCGUGUGCCCGUCGAGCAACAAAGAGAGAAAUACCUCGUCCAGCCGAAGAAACCGAAGAGAAGGAGAAGGAGAAGGAUCGUACAAAUCAACCGCCUUCUAACAAGCCACAUUAACCUCAAGUGAUUUCUAUUUUCUUACGAAACGCGAAAGAAGUAAUUAGUGUGUUUAUAUCGACGUAAAACAAAGAAAGAAAGGAAGAAAGCGAAAAGAAAGAAGAAAGAUAUUCCAAGAGCUUAAGUUCAGAAGAAGACAAAGCAUUAAGAGGUAUAGUAUCUAAUUAGUGUACAAAGUAUAUCUGAAAUAAAAAAAAGAAAAAAUAAAAAAAAGUCCGCCAGUGCCAAAACGAAAGACGAAACGAAAGAAAAAAAAACGAAAAAGGAAAGGAAACAGAGUAAGAAAGCAAAAAAAACGGAGAAACGCGUUUAACACGAUUGUUGUACGUUUAAGAGCAGAUUUAAAAAAAAAAAAGACAAACGAAACAAAAGGUAAAAAAGAAGAAAGAAGAAGUAAAAACCGUAAACCAAAGAAUCUACCAUUUCUUUUUUUCUACUAAUCACUCAGCGAGCUAACGAUAUACUCACUAACCAGCUAGACGAGCGGCGAUCUCUUCGCGAACAGAUUUAAUUAGAAGAAGAAAAAAAAGCGCAAGACAGAAGCAUACGAAAUAAGUAAAUGAAAAAAUCUGACCGACAAAGUUUUCUAAGCUUAUAAUAAACAAAUUUUACGUGAUAGGCAAACUAAAAGUAAGGGUAGACGUUCUUUUUUUUAAAAAAACAAAAAAAAAAAAGAAAAAAGGAGAAAAAAGUAAAACAGAUGCACCUACUCUUAAAGAGCGCGUAUGAGAAUAUCUAAUUAAGGAAAGAAGAAGAGUCCCAUCCAAAGCGAAAGACAGACGGAGAGAACGCAGGCCGCCCUAUAUAUCCGGAAAAGGGGACUCGCAUAUAAUUACUCCCAGAGAAACCGAUCUACUUCAGUUCGUAGCCUAAACCUGUUGAGUACAAACGACAGAAAUAGAGUUAUAGAGAGCGAGAGAGAGAGCGAGAGCGUACGUACGAACGAGAGAACGAGAGCAAGUGAGAAUAACGACAAGAGUGAACGCGAAAGAGGAACGAAGAAAAGCUCUAAACGAGAGGCAAGAGGAAGAAAUUCAGGAAAGUCACACAUACACGCUGAUACACAUCGAUACAAACCGAUACACACGAAAAAGAAACACAUACACCGAGACAACGCAAAGGUACGAAGCUAGAAAGAAAGGCAACACCAGCAGAGAAAACACACCAGAAGAAUCGUUAGGAGAAACCCGCGUUUCAGUAUCGACCAACGGAAGGUUUGAGGCACGGAAAGGCAUCGAUAGAGAAAGAAUAUUCGACCCGUUCUCCCAGAUGUCACGGUGCUGUGGAAACGAGUCCCGAGCACGCGUCGAGCAAAGCGGAUAAUCCCGAUAACGAGCGUCCAGUCACGAUCGUGGAAAAACGAACGUCUAUAAAAUCACCCGAUAGAGGAAACAAGAUCGAAAGAUUGGAAAUUCGUGUGCGUAUACAGCCGCAUACGCACCGUAUAUUCUUUCGUGCUGUCGUUGAUUUCGUCCCGGACCAGUGUCAAAAACAUAGUAUUCUCGGAAGCAGAAAAGUAACACGACCUCCUGCGUGCAGGGGGUUCACGUCGAGAUGACGUGGCGGGGAAGAUGAGCGCCGAGGUAACGAAGGAGGUCGUCGCCACCGAGAGGGUAACAGGAAGCCCUCCGGCGGCGGUCGCGACCUCGCCGAGCUCGGUCGGUCCAGGUGAUCCGGCGCGUCACCUGCCGCCAUUCAGCAGCUUCGCCGGGGACAACGCGAUGGACAGCUCGACAACACUGACUACCCUUCACUCCCAGGACGUUGGACUCGGUCUGACAUCCUCCUGGGACUACUACGAGGGACUGACGGGUCGCUUGAUCGAUUCACGGGGUGAGGUGGUUCUCGCCAGCCAGUACAGGCCAUGGGAGUCGAAGAAUGCCGUUGGUGGCGGUGCGCCGACCGCCGCGCCAGCCGCCGAAGGUCUGCCCAGCUUCGCGAGUCAAUUUACGGCUCCUAGCGAGGCAGAGCCUCAAUUAACCGCGCUCACGCCAUUGUCGCCAGCCUCGAUAUCGCACUCUCCACCUGUCACGUCGGCGGUCGGCCUGCCUAGCUUCCACACGCUCGGCACGCCGCUCCCAGCCCCGCAUCCGCAUAGAGGCAGCGUCGGUUAUCCUUUGGUACCGGCUCCCGUUCAAGCUAGAGAGGUGCCGGCGCUUCAACAGCAGCUACUCGACGAAAGGCACAUUCAGUUGCUGGGUUCCAGUCCGGUGCAGGCGUUCCCGCCUCCGCCUCCUGGACAUCCUCAUCACACGGUGUUGACCGUGGUGAAGCCAGAGUAUCCUCAGUUGCAUCACGCCAAUUUCCAGAACCCGAUGUCCACGGUGCUUGACUCGUCACCUACAUCCAGGCCGAUCGGCAUCGACGGCAGGAAAAAAGAGCGUAGAAAAAUGCGAGCCGGCUCGAUGGAGUCCGAAGACAGCGCUGGCGCCGGAAAUGUCGAGAGUUCCGGGCAAGUAGCCGCGGUUUCAUCCACUGCGAACAGAGGGGCCCAUCACCUUGGUGGCGGCAUGGCUGACGCCGACGGUGACGGCGGACUCAGCGACAAACCGGCUAAGAAGAAACGCAAGAGGUGCGGCGAGUGCAUCGGAUGUCAACGCAAGGACAAUUGCGGAGAUUGCGCGCCAUGCCGCAACGACAAGAGCCAUCAGAUCUGCAAAAUGAGGCGGUGCGAGAAACUCACCGAGAAAAAGCAUCUGUACCACCUGCAAACAGGCGAGGGUGCGUUCAGAGAGAGAGGGAGGGGUCGAGGCAAAGGUACAACUAGGAGUUAUCGAAAGAUCGCGCGACAAGUGAGUACACCAGAUAGCGCACCAGCAGGCUUAGGCAGUCCACAGGCUGGAAUAGGCGGGCUGCAACAGCAUCAGCAACAACCGCAACAGCAAACGCAACAAACGCUUCAUCAGCCGGAUCCCAUGCAGCAAUCCAAGGACAAUCUGAAUCCCGCGGCGAACCAACAAACCGGGGCACUUAGGAACGGAAAUCCUCCGCCUCCUGUCGUUUCUAUGUCACCCGGAGUGAUGCCAUUCUACGGUGAUACUGGCGCCGGUUUCCGACCAGCAGCCGGCUUUGGGAAUACUGUUUGGCACCAGGGAGUCGCUCCCGUGGGAGCAGUUGCGGUUGAAACGUCAGCAGCACCAUGGCCACCUCAGCAGUUCAUUCAACAAAUUCCUGCUCCGAAUCAGCUCGAAGAGCUGAGGUAUCAUACCCAAUACACCGCCGCAGCGCCAUACCAUCCACAACCAGUCGCAUAUCAGCAGCAGACUUUCAUUACUACGGAUCAGUCGGCAUUUCAACGUGCCGGGGCGACAGGACAAUACACAAUCACGGGACAACCCUCACCCUUGCCACCAGUCGCCCCACAAACUGUACCAUCGACAGCUCAGAGGCCACUAAACGGUCAAUUCAUGGAUCCCGCUGCUACUGCAACCCAAUCAGUUGGUUAUGAAAGGCAGGAUUACGUCAAUGGUUACCAACAACAGGACGUGACGAUGGCACCGCCGCCUUCAACCACUCCGACGAGUCGUAGCAGUUCCGUACACAUGGACAACCAGCAACAACAGCAGGCCUCUCAGCAACAGCCGUCGCAACCGCAACAACAGCCAACGGAUACGCAGGUGAAGGGAUUCGCGACGAUCGCGGCCAGCAACGUGUCGGGAAACGAGAUGCCUGGGUAUCCACUUCAACCGGGCCCACAGAGUUUACACAACUCUAACGGAUAUCCAGGCUACGUGGAAAUGGGUCAACAAGUACAGAACCAAUGGCAGCCGCAGCAGGUAUCUCAGCAACCACAACACCAGCAACAGCACAUGCAACGGCAACAUUCGAUACCUGACGGUGGCCAACGGCAUUUAUGGUCCGAUACCAGUACCGGUACGAAAAUGAGCAACGUGAGCAACAACAUGAACUGGUCGGAUGGGACGUUACAGCAACAGCAUCAGCAACACCAGAAACCUUCUCAACAACAACAGCAACCGGGUAUGCAGAGCAAUAGUAUGAAAGGACAAGAGACACAGCAAAGUAUGCAGAUGCAAGGACAACAAGAAUUACCCCGACCAGCGAGUCAUAUGAGUUGGGAGAACGGUAGCGUGAAGGAGACGCCACAGACUCCGCAGUCGUGGACAGAUAAUACAGACAACAGUCAGCAGCAACAAACUCAGGGAAAUUGGUCGCGGCAGAGUCCGAAGCUGAGGGACGCUUCGCAGAAUCCGAGAUUGACACCGUCUAGUCAACAACAGCAGCCUCAGCACCAAGGCUGGCUGCAGCACUCGCCGAAGUUGUCAGACCAUCAGCAGAAUCCGUCUCAUCAAAACGCCCGGAUGACGCCCUCCAACCAACACAACUGGCAGCAGAGUAGUCCAGAGAUGCAACAGAACUCAAGUCAACAGAAUCCAAGGCUGACGCCAUCUAACCAACAGAUGCCGCAACCUGGGACGCAGCAACAACAACAGCAACAGCAGCAGCAGUGGUCACAACAGACGAAACUGGAGAAGAGUCCUAGACUUACUCCGUCUAAUCAGAUGUCCUGGCCAGACACGCCAACUAGUCAACCGAAUUGGUCGCCCAAUAGUAUAAAGAGCGACAGUAGUCAACAACCUCAACAACAAUGGCCAGAUUCGCAGCCUAGUCCGAGGAGAACGCCUGGCCAUCAACCGGGAACGUGGCAGCCUCAGCCACCCACACAAGAGAAUAAAAUGGAGAACCAAAUGUCUUGGUCACCGAACUCGGUGGCCGAGAACCAACCUACCUGGGGCCAACAAACGACCAAACAAGACAUGCAGAAUUCCGGGGAAAGAGUGCUUUGGCAGCAACAGGACACCGGAAAACCGAAUGGGUUCGUCGAUACGCAAGAUACUCAGGAGAGUAAUGUAUUUGCUCAAUCAAAUCGCGUGAAUUUGAACAGUCGACUGAAAUCGAUGAUUCUAAAUAAACAACAACAGCAACAACAGCAACAACAACUACAGCAUCAACAGCUUCAACAGCAGCAAUCGCAGCAACAGUCUCAGCAUCAAAUGAGCCAUCAGGAGCAACAACAUCACAAUAUGCAUCAUCAAAUGCAAUCUCAACAUGUGAACAGUAACAACGGAGCUAACGGCGAAUACCAUACAGAAGACAGGAUACGAGACACGCAUGACAAUACGGAGAAAUUGCAAGAGAAGCAGGCGGACCAGUAUUUAAGUCAGUCGAAUAUCAUCUCGAUGGCGCAAUCCAACGAAUCCUUGACCGGUAAUUUUUUAUUGCAUAGCCACCACCCUCGGGUCGAUAGUUUGCCCGAUGGUGGUGGCUUAUGGGAAUGGUCAGGAGGAAGUAAUAACACAUUAAACAACGGUACCGUUCUGCCGGAAAACGGAAUGAUGGUCAUCGACAGCUUCAUGAAGUUUGGUUCAGAGGACAAGUCCGUGCUGGACAAACCAUACGAAAAACAACAACAACAGCAACAGCAAUCACACUAUCACCAACAAUCACAACAACAACACGAGCAACGACAGCUAUGGAAGGAUGAAAGUAAGAGCCAUGACAAUCAAAACAUCGAGGAUAAAUCGUUUCAGAGGAGACUGUGCAUAGAGCAGCCAACCAACGAUAAGACUUUUGAAUCUUGCGAAAACAACAACGCAGACAGCGAGAAGAACGAUGGGACCGAGGACGACGUUGGUUUUUCAGAAACUCCAUUAGUUGCAUUAGUGAACAAGAACGACACAUCAAAUUAUCCAGAAAGCAGCGAAAAGAUUGCGUCGACGGAGCCAACCAACAGCUCUAACUGUGAUUCCUCUCAGAAUAUCAAGCAGGAGAACAUCGUCGAGUACGGUUGCUCUAGCUCCGAUUGCGUUCCAUCGCCGACGGUCUCGUCAAAGAGCGAUGGCUGCGCGUCGAAGGAAAUCAAGAGUGAACCGGACCAAAGGGCGCAGGAAAGUAACAACUACAAAUUUCGUGGCGAUGGCGGACCCGCUAAAGUGUCUCCGGGUGUCGGUUCGUGGUGUUGUCGACGAGGCGGCACCGAACAACCGACACCCGAACAUUUGCGGGAGGGUUGUUGCCAGGGUUUGCAAACGAGGGACGAGAUACUGGCCGACUCAGCAGAGAAGUCCGACGUAAAGAACGAAGGCACUCAAAGUCCACGUACCGGUAGCGUGCCUUCAACGACUAAGUUGCAAGAUCACUUGGACAAACUGAAGAACAAUGUCAGGAGCGAAGUGCCGGACUGCAACUGCUUUCCAGCUGACAAAUGUCCGCCAGAGCCCGGCUCGUACUACACUCAUCUCGGGGCGGCUGCAAGCCUGCCUGACCUACGGAACGAUCUUGAAAGAAGAACCGGCCUUAAGGGAAACGCCAUUAGAUUCGAAAAGGUCAUCUACACCGGAAAAGAAGGGAAAACCACUCAGGGAUGUCCAAUGGCUAAAUGGAUACUUCGACGAUCUGGUCUGGAGGAGAAGAUCCUGACCAUAGUGAAACACCGACAAGGGCACAAGUGUCCAACAGCUUGGAUCGUCGUGGCCAUGGUUGCUUGGGAAGGCGUACCCACUCAUGAAGCUGAUCGAAUCUAUUCCCUGUUAAGUCAUAAGCUGAAUCGAUUCGGUCUUCCUACUACUAGACGAUGUGGAACGAACGAACCGAGAACCUGUGCUUGCCAAGGUCUCGAUCCUGAUACUUGCGGUGCAAGCUUUUCCUUUGGAUGUUCCUGGUCAAUGUAUUAUAAUGGUUGCAAAUACGCCAGAAGUAAAACCGUCCGUAAAUUUCGAUUGUCAGUACGAUCAGAGGAGCAAGAAGUCGAAGAAAGAAUGCACGUCCUAGCAACACUUUUAUCGCCUCUGUAUCUCAGCCUUGCACCGGAAGCAUUCAACAAUCAGACACAAUUCGAACGGGAAGCGAGCGAAUGCCGUUUGGGAUUUAAACCUGGCCGACCUUUUUCCGGUGUUACGGCCUGUAUCGACUUCUGCGCGCAUUCUCAUCGUGAUCUUCACAACAUGAACAACGGAUGUACAGUGGUGGUCACUAUGACAAAACACCGAUCUCUAUCAAAACCUGAAGAGGAACAGUUGCACGUACUUCCCCUUUACAUCAUGGAUACUACGGAUGAGAAUGGGUCGAAAGAGGGACAGGAUGAGAAGGUUCGCGCUGGAGCUGUAGAAGUUUUGACAAAAUAUCCUUGCGAAGUGAGAGUUCGAUCGGUUCCACUCCAACCCUGCAGAAGACACGGCAAGAAAAGGAAAGAAGACGAGCCAGAUACCAUUAGCAAUAAGAAAGAUAGUUCCAAAAGCACUGCUGAAAAAAUAGCGGACCCAGGACGCGUACCAGGACACCAAGAAAUACCUAGACCGCAAAUGAGGGACUCCCAACUAUCCCUGGAAAUGGCGUCUAUGUUCGAAGGAAUGGAUGCUCAAUUACAAAGCUCUCAGGUGUCCUCCACUGUUCUAGACAGUCCAGUGUCCAUGUAUCAAGGAUGGAGUUACCAGAAUGAACAACAGUGGGGUAGAAACGGUUGGCUCGAUCAGCGAAAAAAUAAUUGGUUAAACCCGUGGAGAGAAUACUCGUUCAGUGGUCUGGACAGAGACGCAAAAGUUGACCCAGAUAGUACAAGUCUAGACGAUAUCAGGCCUAGGAGCACCGUUUCUCAGGAUGAACAUCGACCAGGUUCGCGAAAUUUGCCUAAUUCCACCAUGGACUCGCCGAGGAACUGUUAUCCACACUCACCGAGAGCUCAUCCUAUUUCACCAAGGAGCUCUCAUACAGGAACACCAGGGGAUAUCGGUUACUCCAUGUCUCCUAGAGGAUGUCCAACUACACAUCAAGACCAAAAAAUUGCUUCGCCAAGAAGCUCCGGGUAUCCGGACACGGGCUACGGCCAUCCACCUCCCAAUUCCAAAAGUUAUCCGAAUAUGUACGACACCAGGCAGGGUAGUACAUCCCCGAAGACAAGCUGUACAAAUUUUCCGGUCCAUUUGGAUCAGAGGAACGCACUCAACCGAACGAAUCAUCAUCAUCAAUCGCACAACGUAAAUAACAUUCGAAACGUUGGACAGAGCUGCGAUCAGUCGAAAUUGCCGUACUCCAGACCUGCGCAAGAUUCUAGUCAGCAAAAGUACCCUACCACGCAGAACUACUUAGAGGCUCAAAAAUCGCAGAUCGAACAACCUUUUGUGAACAGGAUACCAGGCCAUUAUCACCCCCCUCAUACCGCGCAGUCCGGUAGAAAUCUUCCAUAUCAGGGCCAGCACGAUUCAAACGCGGACAUGUUCACUGGCCUGUCGGUGUCUUCUUGCAUGGGCAACACUAGUCACAAGCCGUUCAGCGCCACGAAUGCGGAUCUAUUGCUACACAGCUCGACGCAUCUUCCGCCCAACAAUCCACCAAACGGCACUCAGAGCUUAGGAUCAUUCGAUCAGAGAAAAUAUCGGAUGUAUAAGGUUCCUGAACAAAAGACACCCGGAAUUAGUCAAAUGUCACCGGCGCCCUCUGACCAAGUGGGAAGCUGGAACAUGCUAGGUACUUGGUACCCCGACCAAAACAAACCUUUCGAUCAACAACAGAUUUAUAACGAUCAAAUAGGUCCUGAUAGAAAUCACCAGCAACCUACAGACCACCAGAAAACAUUUAAUUGGAACGAUAGAGUACCGCAUCCGGACCAGUCGAAACCACCUUGCUGGGAAACACCCUCGGAUCCUUCUCCGUUCAGGGUGCCAAAGGGCAGACCACCGUCGAGGACAGCGUCAAACCAGAAUCCAAACACAGACAAUACAUAUCAAAAUUCUUCCAAUAGAACGUUCCUUAAGCCUCAGGAGCCGACGCGGAACGGUGUCUACGCGGACAGUCCAAGCAACAACGCGGUGCAAAGCAGCAUCACGACACAUCAAGGUAACCAACGAAGAACAGAGUGGCCGGAAGAUAAGACGAAGGAGAGUUUCCACGAUUCCAGACAAAACAUCGCGAAUUCAAACUCGAACUGCUUUCCAUGGGCCGAAGAGAUGAAACAGGUGCAAGACUUCCACGGGAUGCCGGGCUUGGGACAUCCUCACGCUUCCUUCCCACAAUACGGACUGUAUCCAACAUACCCUGUCUUUGACAAACCAUAUUCUAAUUCUUGGGAAGGCUACAACUAUCACCAAUCGUAUCCACACCAUCAGGCGCCGGAAUAUCCACCUCAAUUCUAUCAGCAACCAAAGAGAGAGGCCUGCUUUCCUUCGCCUCAAUAUCCCUAUCAAGGAGUGCCCCCGUAUCAAGGUUUGAAUCCAGGUUGGGCGAGAUGGGACACUCCUCGCUGGGAUAUUUACGGACCACCACCCUACUUUCCGGUGUUACCAGAGCCUCCUCCAAAAGCAGAACCACUAGGAGAGGUAGCCGACUAUUCCGACAAUGAAGAGUGCUUCAAGGAUUCGCAGAUGGGUGGAGUUGCCAUUGCAUUGAGCCACGGUAGCGUGUUGUUCGAGUGCGCCAAGCACGAGAUGCAUGCCACCACGGCUCUCAAAAAGCCUAAUCGUCUGAAUCCAACCAGAAUCAGCCUGGUCUUUUACCAACAUCGUAAUCUUAACCGACCAAGACACGGAUGGGACGAAUGGGAAGAAAAGAUGCGACUCAGGAAACUAGGUGUUGCGAGUACCACCACCACCACUACUACUACAUCAUCGUCCACUUCGCAAUCACUGUCUACUCCAUCAACUCCAACCAGUCCAGCCAGUGCAAUCAACACCGAAAAAUCCACUCCGCUACCUUACAUACCCAGUGUUCCUAGUUCUCAGUUCAUGAUGAGAUCGCCUACGUAUACCACCAUGACCUGGACCACACUUUUCCCAAUGCAUCCGUGCAUGAUAACUGGCCCAUAUCAGGAGGGAGGGGCCAUUGGAUGAGUAAACGUCGAAGGGCGCGAUUCCAGCCAUCGAUGAGCAAGAACCGUGCCAGGAAUCGAUCGAGCGAUCUCGUCGGACUGAUCGAGUGAAAAAGUGGGUUUCAAACGACACGAAUCUCACUUGACGACGCUGUUCCGUGCCGUGUAACUUCGACACGAAGAACGUGAAACGAGUCACGAGAACAACGAGAGAAACAGAGCAACAAGCAGCUAACAUUGAGAGGGGAUCAACAAGCAAAAAGAGCAAACUGUCAUCAUGAGAGGCUUUCUAUCGCAAUUCUAUCAGGUCAUCGUCCUAGAUGUGUAUAGUUGUUAUUGACGAAAAAAGACAAAACGAAGAUGAAGAAGAAACAACACGUUUGCACUGCCAUUUUUCUAUCUCACGUUUUUCGGGGAAUAAAUAAUAAACGUAACAGACAGGGGAAACAAAGGAGAGGCAAGAAAAGUUAGCAGCAGGUGACUGGUUCGCAACGCAGACGUUUCGUCGCGGGAUUCAAUUUUAAUCGGGGCUUCCCUUUUUAUAUCGAUCUUUUACACGAAUCACGGUAAAAUGUUGCGAGCGAACAAGAAAAGGAAAUCAGAUCAACAAUGGAUAUCGAACACGAUGAAGAUGUUUGGUAUCUAGAAUGGCAAAUUCAAGGCUGAAGGUGGAGGAGGAAUACGAAGCAGCUGAUCGACAGAGACGUGUCACGCGCUUAGAGAAACACUUGAUCGCAAUCGAGGCUAAUUUUCACGGUAACUGGAUUAACAGCACAAAAGGGCGAUCGGCCACGUUCUUUCGAAGAACCAGUGUUCUUUUCGAGAAAUGACUUCGAAUAUGUUAUAUGACCUAGAGUAGAAUAAAUGGAAAGUAAAAAUAUGGGAAAAAGGACAAAAGAAGAAAAAACGAUGUAGAAAAGUAAGAUAAUGAAAGGAAGACGAAGAACGAAUGAAACGUAUCCAAUUAUAUAUCUUUGAUUCUUUUUUUAUUUUUUCUUUCUUUUUUGUUAUUUUUAGGAAAAGGUCUCGUAUUCUGGUAGAGUCGUAAUCGUAUUUAGCUAGUCCAUGCCUAGACGCGAUAGAUAAUUUUUUUCUUCGCAAUAUUUUAACACACGGCACACGGAGUUGCAAACAUGUACGCUGAUAGCACGUGCGCGCUUGCUAUGAUCCAUUUUUGUACAAAGCUGGGUCAAUUUUGUAACUAUGAGAGUCGAUCUGCCGUUUAUUUUUCCGCACGUUCUCCUUUUUGUAACACGUGUACCCCAUUGUUGUUGUUGUUGUUGUUGUUGCAUCAUCAUACACAUACAUGUGCAUCAUGCAGGACCAAAAUCGUCCUUAAUUCUAAUUCGAUUAAUCGGCGCCAUCGUAGUAGAUUUUUAUCCAACAUCAUCCAGCCCAUAAAUCAUCUAAAACGCCCACAAAUCAUAACUCCAAAAAAUCGAACGACGAUAUGCAUAUAUAGUUUCGGGUGGAUCCUUUGUAAAAGUCGUCUGGAUAAUCUUCGAUGCUCCACAUGGAAAAACGGAGCUCACACAUAGACACGUUACACACGUACACGCGUAUAAUACAUAUACUGACACGAAAAUGAUCUCAAGUUUUUAAGCUAAUUAAUUAAACGGUAAAUAUCAACGUUUAAUGUAUUUCUUUUCUCUUCUCUCUCUCUCUCUCUCUCUCUCUCUCUCUCUCCUCUUUUUCUCUUAAAUUUCUCUCUUUCUUUUGCACAUAUUAUCUAAAACCUUUCUUUCUCUCGUUUUCUCUCUUUUCGUUCGUCUAUUGUACAUUGUGCUUGUUAAUCAUCGUAUUUAUUUCGUAAUUCACUUGCACGUGCUUGCAUCCGUAGCUCUAUCCUAUUAAAUCGAUUACGUAAAAAAGAUUCAAGAGCAAGAACGAUGUGACGAGGAGGCACACACAGGCGAUUCGAUAAUAUAAUAUGUAUAUAUAAUAUAUGUGUAUAAUAUAUAUAUAUUAUAUAUAUUAUAUAUAUAUAUAUAUUAUACAUAUAUAUACAAUAAUUGCUAUAAUAUUAAUAUCGAAUUCUCGGGUCGGUUCAGUACAAACACACACAAAUAUACACAUCAUAUACACAUGAGAGAAUCGUGAGAUAAUUUUUUAAUAUAGAAUAUCGAACUGUGAGGGGGAGAGAAAUGCGUCGGUCGUCGUGGUGCCAUUUCCUUCGUCAGCUACGUUCUUCCCAUUGUUUCUUUUUUGUUCUCUCUGUUUUUUUUUUUUUUUUAUUCAUUCUCCAAGCCCUUUAGAGUCUAUAAUCGCGAUUCCAGGUCCACGAUCAAAUCUAUGGAUCUCGGGUAUCCUGAUUUAUGUUAUAGAUAUAUAUAUAUAUAUAUAUAAGCCUUUCGAGAGGCGAUCUUCUCGAGCGAGGAAGACACGCGCACAGAGAUCCAAUUGUUUCGCGGUAGAUCACAGCGGCCAGCCGGCGAGGUUCGACGUUAUUUAACGAGUGCCAGUGUUGGAAGAUGAGCCAGAGAGUCAGAAAAUGAAAAAAGAACAAAAAAAAAAAAGAAAGAGUAAAAACCGGGAGCAUCCGUAUUAAUCGUACGCGUCGUUCGAACGAUCCCUAUGUUUUCUUACAUAGACCAGCUACAUUUGGCGUAGCUACCUCGAAACAUCCUUCGCCACUUCCGGCUAGAUCCACUGCUUUUCCUUCAAUCGUAUUGUUUUUUUUUUUUUUUUUUUAACUCAUUCAUCGAUCGUUUGUGACUCGAUCGAUGAAUACCAAAAUCAAAAAAAGAAAAGAAUCGUGGUAUCGAACGAAGGGAAGGAGAAGGCAGAGGUGGAAAGGAGAAUUCAGACGAUCAAUAUUAUUGUCAAUAUUAUUGUCAAUAUUUAAGGUUCUUAACAUUGUAUUGACAAUAUAUAUUGAUCAUCUAGAGGAUCUUGUACGUACAAUAAUGUUGAGAACCCGAAAUAUUGACAGCAAUAUUGAUCGUCUAAACGCUCCUGAAGAGGUCUUUUUAAUUGAAAAGAAAUAGCUAAAAUCGAGGGAUAUUUUGCUCGAUGAUAAGACCGAGGAUGAAUCAUGAUCACGUGUUAGUUUUGUUUAAUUGGUUCAUUGAAUCGAAACAAUCGAUCGAUCGGUUUCUUGCCUUUCGAAGUUUCGAUUCACGACCACGCUAACGCGUAAGCGUAUGCGUGGGGAAGAAAUCGAAAAGAGAAUCGAAUAGAAAAAGGAAAAUCAUGGUUGUUCGUGGAAAAUCGAUGGGUCUGCACGAUAAUCGACAGAGAGGCGCUACUAUUGUAAGAAGAAGGGUGGUGAAAAAACGCGUCCAAUCCUCGCCCAUCGAAGUAUUAUAAGAAUCAUUAAUAUAUUAUCAUUCAUUAUUAUCAUAAUGUAGUAGUAAUAAUAAUUAUUAGCGGCAAACAGUAAUAAUUAGUAAUAUAAUCUAAUUUAAUCCGACUAUUUAUUAAUUAAGUUUUGACAAAACGCGUUGGUCUAUUAUAUUUUUAUUAUUAUAUUUUUUGCUGUACUAUCUUCCUUUUUUCUCCUUAUCUUUUCCUUUCCUCUCUUUUUCUUCGGUUUAAUUCUUGUUUCGUAACAUUGAACGAUCGAGUUCAAGUCGAGAGUACGCACCAAGCCUUUCCACUUAUUUCCCAUUUUCUUUUCUUCUUUUAAUUUUGUGUUCUCGCUUAUAUUCUCUCUCUUUUCCUCUCUGUUUUCUUUUCUUUUUUUUUUUUUUUUGUAAAAUUGUUUAGCACGAGCGUGAAACAAUAUCGUCGAUAACACACUCGUACCUUUUUAAAACGCUAGUCGUCCCUUUCGUUUUCUAAAUUUCUUUCCUUAAUCGAGUCUUCUUUUUUCUCGUUUUAUAUCUCGGUAUCGUCCUUCGUUUUACCGUACGACGAACUUUUAUUCGCUAAGAGCAUAAUCGUUCCUCCAUUUUUAACGCGCGACUCCGCAGUCUCUACGUUCUAAAGUAGAUGAUAUCAAAUAAAUAAACGGUGAAUAAAAAUCGACUAUUUUUCUAUUAGACGAGUACCAUUUUUCGAUUAGGUUUUCUAAUACCGAGAAUCGAUCUCAGCCAGUCAAUUAAACAUCUAACAAACAAAAAAAAAACUCACAAAACCAAAAUAAAGAAAUAAAAGUUCACGCUGAAAUCGCAAAAUACAUUUCUAUUUUUUUAACCGUUUUGAAAGAUCGUCCUAUAAAGAAAGGAAACAAAAAUGUAAGCUUGGUUAGUCAUCCAGUUCUUUCUUCUUUGCAAGCAAAUGUUUCGAUCACAACACUCUUCUUGUUUCUUACGAACGAUUUGCUAACGACGAAUGUUUCUGCUCGAUCGUGAAGCGUCUUCGGCUAUGACUUCACCCCAUGUCGAUCUUCAUCGAAGACUAUUCACGUUCGAUUUCGUAGAAAUGGUUCUCUGCUUUCGAACGCUCAUGCGACGGUUACAAUGAAAUUAAAACGAUACAAAUAAGAGGAAACGCACGGUGAAACCAGAAAAAUGAUUGGACGAGAAAAGAAUGUUUUUAUGAGAUUUAUUACACACUCUCGAUCGUAAUCUAUCGAUUUCGUAUAGAUCUAUUAUCGACAACUAUUCGUACUUUUUACAAUUUGUUGAAUUAGGUAUUUUAAAAUAGAUGAAUUUUAGAGAUAAUGAAAUGAAGAAUCAAAACGGAACCAGUGAUUAUAAUAAUCUUUUUUAGAUUCGAUUUAUCAUCGAUGUUAAUUCUGUCUCAAUUUUACAAACAAUGAAGAAACGAUACGUUUACUUAUUUUAUUAUUAUAUAUGUCUCAGAGCGAUCGUCAGCCGUGGACGGAUCGUCGUUUGAAACGCUCCUGUUCCUUUCACAUUCGCACACGUUUCUUUCCUCGAUCGCGAUCCAUGGAUCCGCUUAGAAUGAUCCGCGCGAGGCACACAGGCAAGGUUUUUCUCUCGUCGACUUCCGAAUGAUUCUCAGUUGCGUGCGUGAGUACAAUGUUAAGGAAUGUUUGAGAAAAAGAAACUAAAUAAGAAAAGGAACAAAAGGAAAAACGAAGAGAAGAACAGGUUUCGUCGCAGGAUUUUUCGAAAGGAAUAUUUUCAUAAAAAUCAUACGACGAACCGGUUGAACUUCCAGUUACGAUCGAUAAACAGAACAAACGUAACAGGACAGGACGAAACGGAACAGAAGUGAAAAGGGAAAAUCGGCUAGUUAUCGUUGCUGUUCUUUUCUUUUUUGUAUAGGAUGCGUGGAAAAAAUUGUAUCGUCACGAUGCCAAAAUAGUAUUAAAUAUUUGCGGUAAUAAUUAAGGCGUAAGAAGAGGAAUCGCUAGCUGUUGUACUCGAUGAUGAUUGUCGUGUGUAGCGAGAGCAGGAAGAAAAUGAAUGUGACGCACGCGAACGAGUUUUAUUGCCAAUACUGUACCUUUUUCCUCUCGAAAGGAAGAUCGGAAGUUGGAUGAGAAAAUCGAUUUUAGCGUCGAUCAGGGCAUGAUUCGAUAACGUGAUUGUACGAACGAGGUGGAAUGAGAGCAGGAAAAAAAGGAAGGAUGAAAGAAAGAAAGAAAAAGGUUGAAAACUGUAUUUUUUCUUCCAAUACCAAAAAGAUGCCAUUUUGUUUUGUAUGAAAAAACCUAUAAAAAAACUCGUAAAAAAAAAAAUAUAUAAAAGGAAGAAGGAGAAGUAAAUGAAACGAAGGAGAUAUGGUGAGAAUGUGUAGGAAUUAAAUAUAGGAGGAAGUUUGGGGAGGAGUUGAAGCCAGGCGGGGUUGAACAAAUUUUUUAAAUAGUUUGUAGCGAGCGUAAUAUAACAAUUGUAAUAACAGAUUGCAGAACAAAUUACAAAGAUGCAAAACAGAUAAAUAUUUACGCAACAAAUAUACUUGAUGUAUAUCUGUCUCGUGAGAUGAAUAAUAAUAAUGAUAAUACUAAUAAUAAUAAUAAUAAUAAUAAUAAUAAUAAUAAUAAUAAUAAUAAUAAUAACAAUAAUAAUAAUAAUAAUAAUAAUAAAGUAAAAAAAAUAAAAAAGAACAAAAAAGUAAUGAAACCACUUGUCCGCCUUAUGAAGCCAGAAUAAUACAAUAGGUGAUCGAUCGAUAAGAAUUGACAAAACAAAAUAAAAAAAGUAAAGUAAAUUAAAAGUAACAGGUUAAUUAACGGUAAGUGCGAAAAUCGCGAAACGCUUGUCACAUAUUUAUGUUUACCUCUUAAAUAUGUAUAUGUAUAUAUUUAAGGAAACUUGUAUGUACAUACAAGCUCGUAUAUACAUACAGAGUGUGUUACACCGUUAGAAACAAAUAAAUAAAUAAAAUCGAGUAGAGAAUCAGAAAAAGAGAGACAGGUAAAAAAUGAGGGAAUGAUAAAAAAAGCGUUGCUCGCAAUUUUUGCACUUAGGUACCAAAACAAUAUUCCCUGGAUCCCCCGAAAUAGGGCAUACGAAUAUAGCGCUACGUAUACACCGGUUACAUAUGUGUACAUAUAUUUUUGGAUAAAGAACCCAGAAGAAAAAAAAAAGUUUUAAAUCGAAAUUCGGACCGCGACGCAAAUCAUGAAGUUGUUUCGAUGGAUCGUUUCUCGACGCGAUGAUCGUUUACGAACGAACAAAUAUUCAAAACGGAAAACGAAUAAACAAAAAAAGUAAGAGUUGAAGAUUGCAUGGUAUAAAAAAAAUUGAAACGAGUAAAAAAAGUACUAUGAUGAUGAUUCUUUUCUGUUUCUUUUCAUAAUUUUCCGUGAAAUCGAUUCGAUUAUUGGUAUCAUAUUAUUCGCGAUCGUAUUCGUUAAACGAUCUAUGACGAGAAAAAUUGUCUCCUUCAAUCGUGAUUGCAGAUAGUGCAUCGAGAAUAAACGAAAUGAAAAUGGAAUAGGUAUCACGAAAAAAGAUACGAGACAAAGAUAUAAUUAAAAGAUAAUAAAGCAUAAUGGAAUGGGGGAGACCCGAAGUGAUCUAUCGAAAAAACAUUCCCCAUGCAUCCGGUCCAAAAAAAUGUAUUUAUGAAUAUUUAUUUACGCGAGACUAAAUGAGAUGGAAAAAAGAGGAAAAUGAUGAAUGAAAGAAAAUCUAAUAUAUUGACGAUUUAAUAAAAUAGAUGGUCAUAAGUUUAAGAUGUAAGUUUUAUAAUGAAUAUAUAUAUUAUAUAUAUAUAUAUAUAUAAAUCUACAUAUAUAUAUAUAUAUUUACUUGUAAAGCGUUUUAUUGCCUUUCGCCAAGUUCGAUCGCGCCAAAAAGAGCCGAACGAGCGGAAGGGAUAGCGAAGCAAUGGUGGUCGAAAGAAAUGAGGAAAAACUCAUUCUCGAUUCAAAAAAAAAAUUUAAAAGAAUAAGAAAACGUGGUAAUUAAAAAAUUAUCUGUCAACAAUGAACGUGAGCAAAUGAAACGAACGUGAAUAUCCGCGAAGAUAAAGUAAUUAAUUAAUUAAUUACGUCAGAGAGUGAUCUUCGUUUUUUGUCGUACCAUCGUGAACGUUGACGAUGUAACUUAUUAUUAUUACUAUUAUUAUCAUAUUACUAUUAUUAUUACGUAUUGUAUUUUUUUUUCUUAUUUCUGUUUCCAGUCCAUGUUUUUUAAUUCUCAAUAUUACUUUUAGAACAAGCGACAACAAAAAAGAGAAAUGUGACAAACGAUAAAAAAAAGAUCGAAGCAUUGAUCGCCGUGCAUUUCUAUUCCGAUCGAUCAACUGAAACGCGAAAUACGUGACGAAAUGCACGUGGAUCAAUUACGUAACAACAAAACACUAACAUACAAAAGAAAAAAACGAAAGGAAAAAAACAAAAUCACGGGUGUGCUUUUGAGCGAUGAGAAAUCAGACGUACACACGUAUACACAGUACGCACACGUACAAAUAAGAGGAAAAGACACACAGAGACACGGAUACACACGUACAAACACAUACAUACACACCGUAUGCUUAGAGUUUAGUAGCGAUUUAUAGACGAUAAGCGAUAGAGUAAUUUAAACUGAUCAUUGCUAUCGAUGACUAUUAUUGACAUAAGAGUACAUUUAGACGAAAAAUAUGUUAUUAAGUAAGAUGUAAUUGUCCUUUGUGAAUAUACAUAAGAGAGAAAUGAGAAAUACAAGAAACUUUUAUGAUAAAAA